UAAAAUGCUGCUCGCUUCUCUGGCUGUUGCUCUCUCUCUCUUUCUCCUAUUUGCCUUUCUCUUUCUCUGUUUUAUUUCUUUUCCUCUGUCUGUCUUGCCAACCUACGUAGCACAGCAUGCUCAACAUCAGCAUAGGGAGAUAGAUAGAACAGCAAAAGUGAGGCAGAAGAAAAGGACAGAAAUAUGUCUAGCUCUAACAUCUCACUCCGUGUGAAUGCAGCCUGCUGUGUCAUCCGUCAUCCAUCUGUGUGGGGGACAUCUUUGAUCUGUCAAAGAAGAGGAUCUUUGAUUUACCAGAGUUGGAUAUCUUUGUGACCUGUUGAGGAAACAUCUCUUUUCAAAUCUACUAGAAAAGGAUAUCAUUGUACAGUGGGGGAUCUCUCCUCAUUGUGUAUUUCUAAGGAGGAUAGGAGAGCGUGUGUCCUUUGUGUUGGCCAAGGCAAGGCUCUCGGAAUACUGUAAUGGUUAAAGACUUCAUUCAGGGAUGGCCCCCUUACUACUGAAUUGUCGACUUUUGCUUUGGUGAAGGCAAAAAAAUGAUGAGAAAUGUGAUAUGAUAUUGAGCUAUAAAUGCAUUCAACUCAACUUUUCAUCUGCCAAUAAUGCGUAGGACACCACCCCGUCUUGACGGAACACAACAAAAGAACGACAAGCAGCAGGGUGAGGAAGAAGAGGAGGGAAAAGAGGCGGAACAAGAAGAGGAAGAGAAGGGAGAAGAGGAGGGACAUCAUGAUUUGGCUAAAUCUUCUCUAUGCCCGUCCUGUAGGCGUGGUUUUGAUGUUGCCCUUCUCCUACCAUGCUCCCAUACCCUGUGCGGGCGCUGUGUAGGAGGUGGAGAGGGGGCAGGGCGAUGUGGAGAGGGGGCAAGGCAAUGUGUACUGGAUGAGGAAGGGGACGGUGUGUGCCAUGCUUCCCGUGGUGGCACCUGUUCUGCCCACCACCGCUCUACCAGUACACCUGUGUGUGCCGUGCUGUGCCCUUGCUGUCGCCACCCUGUGGAGCUGCCAUGCUGGGAGUGGGCUUCUGCCACCUGUUGCCUGCCCCCUGACCCCACCCUGACCCCUGGGUGGACAGCCAGUAGUGCUGGGGACCAGGCGGAAGGAGGGAUGAAGGCCUUCUCACAGAGGAAUCCAUUCGGCAGAGACAAAGAGGACAUCACGGACCAGAUCACUGCUGCAUAUGAUGCAGGCUCACCACUGGAGGGUACUAUAGACCUGCGAGAGGAGGAGAUGGAACAGUCUGUCUCAGGUCUGACAUUCACCCUGGACCCCUCUGCUGCUGCACCCUCCCUCCAUCUCUCCACCUCUUCUCUCACUGUGACCUUCCACGGACCAAGCCCUCCACCACUCCCCUCUCGCCAUCAUGGAAACAGGGUGACAGGGUCAGUAACGAGCACUGAAUCCCAGGAGUCUGCCCCUCAGCCCCUCCCUCAGGUGUGUGGGGAUGUGGUCAUCGUCAGGGGUCAGUUCUACUGGGAGGUGGACGUCUGCAACAGCACCCUCUACAGGAUAGGAGUGAGCUCAUUGGACGAUGCUUGCGGCUGGUGGCUGGAAAGGCGGGGCUUGUCCUUCUCCACUGUGUACGAUAGCCGUCGGGAGCCCUUACAUGCCGUGCCACCCCAGAUCAAGACACUAGGGCUGUUCCUCAACAUGGGUGGAGGGGCGCUGAGCUUCCACAACCCUCUGACCCAGGAGCACCUGGCCACCCUACCCACUCGCUUCAGCCAUGCUGGGGUACGUCCCGCUCUGGGGCUGGGCCAGGGCAGGCUGAGGCUCCACUGUGGCCUACCCCCUCCACCUCACGUCUUUCUCAGCCGAGCAUCCGACUAUAGAGGGCCUACUGGAGCUGGUGGGGGUCGCUGGCGCAGAGACAUGCCCUUCCGAUCUGUACGGAUGGUCAUCCAGAAGUUUGAGGAGCUGGCGGUGUCAGAUUCUGACUCAGGGCUGGUGUCCAGUUUUGGGUCAUCCUGCUCCACUCUGGCCGAACCAGGCCCAGGCCUCAGCUUCAGCCUCAGCCCAGGAGCAGCUCUCCAUUCUGGGAAAGAGGGGAAGGAGGCUGGGGCAGAGUGACAUAUGGAGGACAGAGUAUAGUACCUUGUACAAUGAAGGGCCUCUACCCUGCUGGUGAUAGGAGCAAACUGCUACCACAUCACACUGUCACAUCAUCACAUUGCAAAUAGGUUGUCACAAAGUUGGUCAUGACAAUGUGUGACAAAUUUGGGAUAAACGUGUGAGAUGGAAGGACCAUUCUUCUGCUGUAUGAUGGGAGAAAAGUGAAUAACACACCAACUCUUUGGGAUGAGUUUGAUCUUUGGACGACCAUUUCCAUGUCUAAUUUCCCAUCUCUGAAGAACUCUCUGUGACUUCUCCCCAGGAUGCUGGGCUUCCUCUCAGCUACAUAACCCCUGGAGGUUUGGGGCUGGGCCAGCGCUGUUUGUGGGGGUGUUAGGAGGAUGUCUCACUGGGGGUCCCACACUCUGGUGUGGGGGUUGAUUGUAGGACAGUAGGGUUGAUAUGGAUGGUGGAGGUGUGUGUGUGUGUGUGUGUGUGUGUGUGUGUGUGUGUGUGUGUGUGUGAGGAUGUGAGGCGUGGGAGUCAGUGGCGGUAACACUACCCGUGUUGACUCAGGGUCACAAAGACAGGUGGUUACGUACGUUUAUCCCGCAGGAUGUGUGUGUGUGUGUGUGUGUGUGUGUGUGUGUGUGUGUGUGUGUGUGUGUGUGUGUGUGUGUGUGUGUGUGUGUGUGUGUGUGUGUGUAUGUGUGAGAUGGUUGGAGCAUGAAUAAGUCAGAAAUGUUAGAUUGUUUGUCCACUUGAUUGUGAUAUUCAAUCCUACUGCAACAUUAUUUGUCUGGUCAUCUGAACCAGGAAGUAGUAUUAAAGAGAGAUUUCCCUCUGUCCCA